AUGACCACAGACAGCGUCCAGGGAUAUGCGCUUCGCCGAAACAAUACCUGUGGUAAUAGCGAAGUGACCUGCACUGAGAAUGCGACAUGGGAUAAUUGGCAGGCCUGCUGCCCCCAAAAUUCAUUUUGUUUCGACUCGAAGGCCAGCCAAGCCAACUUUAUAUGCUGCGAAAGUCACUUGAACUGCACUGCAAAAAUUGCGACCGCCCCCACGUGUGCAGAUAAAAGCUGGAAUUUGUUCAAUUCGACCGGGUAUUUCUGUUGCGAGGAAGGUCAAGACGCAUUUAAUGUCGACAAAACUGUUUGGGUUGGGUGUGCAGAUCCCGGCUUUGCUGGCGGAAGUGAAUACAUAUCACUGGAGACUAGUUCUGUUGGUACCCCUGUCGCAUCCUCGAUUGCAACCUCCUCGCCCUCCUCAACUUCAACAUCCUCAACAUUCUCAACAACACCAUCAUCGGAUACCGGUUCUAGCAACCCCGAUAACUCGUCGCAUACAAACACAGGAGCUAUCGCUGGUGGCGUGGUCGGCGGUGUUGUUGGCGUCGCGGCAAUUGCUGCUCUUCUGUUCUUUUUACUUCGGUCUCGAAAGCGACAACAGUUCCAGCAACAGACGCAGUAUCAAGAUCCACCGCCCGCAUUUUCAGAGGACGUUCACCCUGGAAAGGGCAUGCAUGCCAGAGAGCUAGAUGGCCAGGCACGACUGGCAGAGCUGAAUGCAGGCGAUACUGCAGUUCACCAGCGUCAUGAGCUACCGGCAUAUCGUUGA